UGGCUCAAGAGUUGAGUUUUUGUUCUAGUUAAGUGGUAGGAUCUCCGGCGUAAAUAUCAUGGAUAAAUAAAAAUAAGAUGCCUACGCGAUUUGUGGUGAACUGUUUUUAGACUGGUUACGUGCUCGUUUUCGAUGAUGUUCGCGGUGAAGCGACUGAACGUGUGUUGAUCCGAGAUAACGCCAGCGUCCUUAUGUCGCGGUUAUUUAUGUAUUGUGAAAUAAUACCUCGAGCAGUGAAACACACCCCUUGCACGUCGUGUGUGUCGGGAGGAGAGGAAAGAGUUCACGUCAUCCGAUAACAGGAACAAUCCAUGAAGUAAAAUGCCAUUCAAAUUUCACCUGAAAAAAAGUCGACAGUACAAUGUGGUCUCGAGGAAUCAGUACGUCAUUUGCGUGGAACUGUUGGACACUGGCUCCAUCGAGUGCACGUUGGACAUUCAGAGUUUGGGGCACGAAUGUCUCACAAAUGUCACGCAGAGGCUGGGUCUCGGACAGCCCGAGUUCUUCGGCCUCAGUUACAUCUCUAGGGACGGAGCUCCUACCUCUCGGUGGGUCCAGAUGGACAAACCUCUCAAACGGCAGCUGGAAAAGGAAGCGAGAAACUUCAAUCUCCAGCUCAGAGUCAUGUACUUUGUGACGGACAUACAACUCAUACAAGACGAAAUUACCAGAUACCACUACUACUUACAGCUGAAAAUGGAUGUGAUAGAAGGUAGAAUUCAUUGCGAUCCCAGAGAAGCUAGUACCCUGGCGAGUUACUCUAUGCAAGCGGAAUUCGGGAAUUACGACUCCCAGCGACACACGGUGGAAUACCUUCGGCAGUGCCUGCUGUUUCCAAAAAAUAUCAUACAGGCAGACCCUGGAGGGAUAGAUGUUUUGCUUUCGGCAGCUAUCAUUCGAUACAAAAGUCUUGCUGGCCUCACACAAGCCGCUGCGGAAGAACUCUAUGUAUCCAUCGCUGUCCAGCUCGAGGGCUACGGCAGAGAGACGUUUGCCGCAAAGGAUGACGCAAAUAACGAAAUAUUCCUCGGAAUAUCAAUAAAUGGAAUCAUCAUCGGCUAUUCCGAUGUUCAGCUGACCUCGUUCUACGGGUGGAAGGAUAUCAGUAACGUAAUAAAUCACAAAAAAACCUUCAGAAUAGAGUGCCAAUCUGAAAAUGAAGACUCCAAACAGUUUCAAUUUAACAAGGCACGAACGGCAAAAUAUGUGUGGCGAUUGUGCAUAGCUCAGCACACGUUUUACAUACAGCAUCAAGAAUCUAAUCUCGCGAAUAAGAUGACCAACAAUCAGCUGGAACCAGACAAUAUCGAUCUUAGGGAUGAAAUUACGGAAGUGAAUGUUGACAACGAACCAAAGGGCGAUUGUCAGGCACAUUUUAGGAGCUGCAACGACAUUUCCUCUUCGCCAUUCCCCGUAGUGACAUCUUCUAUCGACAUGAAUACUCUGAGGGCGUUACUUCCUUCGUACAGACCGGCACCGGACUACGAUACUGCUGUUCAAAGAAAAUAUAACACCGCCCCGAACGGUUCGCAUCACUUUUAUGCCAAUCAGCCAAACGUACAGUCUUCUUCUUUGGCACACGAAGUUUGCAUGUCUACAAUUAUCAGUCCUGAAUUAUCGUGCCUUUUGGGUAACGCAGUGAACAGGAGUAGAUAUUAAUUAUUAAUUAGUUCAUUCGAUAACAGCGUGAAUAUUUAUUAGUUUUUUUUAACUAUUGUUAAACUUGAUUGAACUUGACUGCUUUUAAUCGGAAUAGUCUUUCGUAAUCUAUAGAAGAUUUAAUAUUUUGCACACCGUACUGAUAUUUGUGAGAGAAAAAAACAAAAUAACAAAGUAAAUUAAAUACAUUAUUUUAAAUUA